GGUGGUUUCGUGGGUAGGAGGGAGGGUAGUUCAAAGUUGGAUUCGGGAGUGGGUGAAAGGAUCUAAAGUGAUUUCAGGGCAUAAUCAACCCUAAAGAUUGACAAUAUAAUGCCAAAAUCUUUUAGUCAAUAAGAAUAUUUGGUGCAUUUUUCAGAAAACUCGAGGGUAUAUGGUGUAUUUGAAAAAAAAAUCCAUACGUAUAUGGUGAAUAAACAAAAUAAUCGAGGGUAUAUAAUGAAAAGCCGUAAAAUAAAAAUAAUCCAAAUUCGAAUCAAUUUUUUUUAUACCUACUUGUAGUGUUAUUGUCCUUUAGCCUCAUAAUAGUUAGUUUAAUAAAAUUGUCCUAAGAAAUCAAUGCAACAUUACCUAAUUAACAAUCUAACUUUUGGAUUUGCACAAUCCAUUAACACAAGCAAUAAGCACCUAUCCUUAGGUCAUAAGCUAAAAAAACUUCUUCCUAGAUCAAUUAAGUGACCUCACUCUCACUCAAUUUCCAUAUAUAAACCAAUGCAAUCUUGUGUUUAUUUUCCACAUUUCAUACAAAUCCUUAUCAUUCACAAAAUGAGUUCCCUUAGACUAAUCAUCUUUGCCAUGCUCCUCGCGGUUGCUUGUAUGUCAAGCACCCUAGUCCAGGCUCAAAACUGUGGUUGUGCCAGUAAUUCCUGUUGUAGCAGGUACGGUUACUGCGGAAACACAGCUGAAUACUGCGGCGAAGGGUGCCAACAAGGCCCUUGUUACUCUUCAGGAGGAGGAGGAGGUGCUGUUACAGUCCGAAGCUUAGUAACAGACGCGUUCUUCAAUGGCAUCAUCAACCAAUCACCUUCUAACUGUCCUGGUAGGAACUUCUACAGCAGGAAUGCUUUCUUAAACGCUCUCAAUAGCUAUCCUCAGUUCGGCACUGGAUCCUCCGACGUUAUCAAACGUGAAGUUGCUGCCUUCUUUGCUCAUGUCACCCAUGAAAUUGGAUCCUUUUGCUAUAUAGAGGAGAUUGUGAAAUCAACCUAUUGUGGACGAAGCGCUGCAUGGUCGUGCAAUCCAAACAAGCAAUACUAUGGCAGAGGGCCACUUCAACUCACAUGGAACUACAACUAUGGAGCAGCCGGUAGAAGCAUUGGAUUCGACGGUAUCAAUGCACCAGAAACAGUUGCAAACAACCCUGUUAUUGCCUUCAGAACAGCCUUCUGGUUUUGGAUGAACAAUGUCCACUCUAUUAUCACCUCCGGCCAAGGGUUUGGUGCCACCAUACGAGCUAUCAAUAGCAUCGAAUGUAAUGGUGGUAAUCCAGGUGCUGUCAAUGCUCGAAUUCAGUACUAUAGACAGUAUUGUAAUCAGUUUGGUGUUUCUCCUGGGAACAAUCUCAGUUGCUAAGGAUGUUGGCUGCUACUCUAUGCUACUAAUCAACUUGUGAUUUCUAAUUUAUGCAAAAUAAAAGGAUGCCUGCUACAAACUCAUACAAUGAGCAGGCUUAAAAUAUGGAAUAAAAGUAUUUAUGAUGUUACUAUCUUCAAAUUUCAGUUUUUCUACGUUUCCUCUGUUUUAUUGUAUCCUCUGACUUUUUUUUUUCACGUCAAGAUAUGUGGGAUCCCCUUCCUACCACACAAGGAUGUAGCAAAGGCAGUGCUAAUAGGGCAACCGCCUUAGGCCCCAACUUGAAAAGCCCAAGUUCAUUUAUGAGAUAAGCCCCCAAUUAAAAAAAAAAAAAAAAAA